UGAUAGUUUCCUUUCUGAACCUUGGGCUUUGCUUCCAGAGCCGACCAUCCCUCUCUUCCUCUACUCUGCAUGACAUUCAAAGUAGCCAUCGUGGGCGCCGGCCCCGCCGGAUGCCUUCUCGCGCGACUACUCCUCAACCAGCCGACGGUGGAAGUGACGGUGUUCGAGGCGGAGCCUGCCAUCGACUACCGUGCACAGGGGGGAUCCCUGGAUCUGCAUGAGAAUGGCGGGCUGGCUGCCCUCAAAGCCGCCGGCCUGUACGAGGAGUUCCUGAAACACGCGCGCUUCGACGGCGAGGCGCUCCUCGUGUGCGAUGCAAAGCUCAAACCAUACAUCCAACUCAGUCCCACCAGCAAAGACCACAGUCGCGGACGGCCGGAGAUCGACCGAUCCGCCCUCCGGCGCAUGCUGGUCGAGUCCCUGCCGCCCGGGACGGUGCAGUGGAAACGUCCACUGCGUCGCGUGGCGGCUGUCGACACAACUGAUCCAAAACAAGGCCACAUCCUGGAGUUUGCCGACGGGACGACCGCAUCCGGCUUCGACCUCAUUGUCGGGGCAGACGGCGCGUGGAGCAAAGUGCGCGCGGCGCUCUCCGACACCGUGCCCCGGUACGCCGGCAUCGGGGGGUUCGCGCUCCAGAUCCCAGACGCGGCACGCACCGCGCCGGAAUGUGUGGCCCGUCUCAACGGCGGGUCGAUCUUCGCGUACUCGACCGGCUGCAUGCUGGCGGCGCAGCAGCUGGGCGACGGCAGCAUUAACAUGGGGUUGUGGCGGGCGCGGCCGGAGGGAUGGGAGCAGCAGGUUGACUACGCGCUGACCGACCCGGCGGCUGUGCGGGCGGCGCAGAUCCGCGAGUUUCGUGAUUAUGCCCCCGAGCUGGUGGAUUUCAUCGCUCACGCCGGGGAGGACUCGGCUGUGACAUCCCGUUCCUUUUAUACCCUGCCCGUCGGCUUCCGCUGGAACCACCGCCCGGAACUGACGCUGGUGGGCGACGCGGCCCACGUCAUCUGCCCUUUCACCGGGGAAGGAGUGAACCAGGCCCUCACGGAUGUGCUGCAGUUGGCGCAGGCGUUGGGAGCGGUGGUCCGCGCCUCGGACCUGGACUCUGCGCUGGUCAAGUAUGAGACGGAGCUGUUUGCCCGCGCGGCGGUGUUUCAGAAGCGGGCGGAGGAUGUCGCGCAGAUGAUGUUCUUCACGGAGGGCUCGCCGGCCACGACGAUUGAGCGAUACACCAUGCAGAAUAUGCAGAACUCCAUCCCGCGGUGGGCGUACAAGGCGAUGUACCCGCUGCUGCUUACGGGGACCUACGGGUAUUUCUUCUGGCAUAAACGGAUACAUAAGUAGACGCGGGUUUGGUCGCACAGAGUUGCCCACGAUAGUACCUGUAUAUAGCCACUCUUGC